GGUGGAUUUUGGAUUGCUGAAAUGAACUAAAUAAGCUACAUAUUCAAAUGGGUGACCCUUCUAUGAACUGGAAGGGGACCUUUGGUUCUUUUGCAGACUAAUUGAGCCGGCGUUUGCAUCUUUGGGCUAUAACCAUGUCUGCUUAUGGCCACCAUAUGGAGCAGGAAUACUCCGCCCAGAGUCUUUCAAGUCGUGAAGGUUCUGAGAGGGCAAGCAGUUAUGUAAUGGAGUCAGGGUUCUACAUGUCAUCAUUUGCUACAACGAUCUUCAUUGCUUCACUCGUUACAGUCGGGUUAUUAUUCAUCACUUUGCUGAUUGCACUGACGGUAAUGCUGCAGUCUUGUGAAAGCAAGAGCCGUGGAGCUGUUGAGGCUCAGAAAGGAAGUUACGAUUCAAAUUACUGCCAUCUCUUCUCUCUGCAUAUGGAACUCAACAACUUUGAGGCAGAUCAGUUCCCUUCAGUAUGCAGGGUUGUUGCUCUUCAGUACAUCAAAGAAGGUCAAUAUGCAAGAGAUUUAAAUUCUACCAUGUGGAUGAUUGAGGACUAUUUUGGUAGUAUUACCCCGCAACAUGAUGGGGAUGUUGUGUUGAUGGACGUUGAUGACAUUCUUUCUUCAGACCCCCAGUAUAGUAAUGUUUCCAUGCACCGAUAUGAUCACUAUGGUUGUAGUGAUUGUGUGGAAGAGGCAAAGCAUCUGAAGCACAUGCUUAUUCUUAGACUAUACAUGAAGCUUCAUGCUAAUGGAUGGCCUUUGAUUUUGUUAUCAAGAAAACCAGAGACACAUAGGAAUACCUCCGUAGAGUACCUUGUAACUGCAGGAUUCACAGCUUGGUCUUCAUUGAUUUUGAGAUCAGAAGCUGAACUGCAUAUGGAUAGCAGUGACUACUUCUCUAGACGAAGGGCUACAAUGCAGAGAGAAGGAUUUCGCAUAAUGAGCAUCAUAAGCAGUCACAUGGAUGUUCUAAGAGGGCCACUUUUAGGAAAGCGUAUUUUUAAGCUUCCUAACCCACUAUAUCACAAUCUUGAACAUCAAAUUGAGGACACACAUACACCAAAAUAGAUCAUUAAGUUUCAUCCUGUACUUAAUACACAUUGCUUUUUAUUCUGAAGCAGCCAUGUAAAUAUCAUUGUUGCUGCUUUAGAGUACUUGUGGUCAAGAUAUGUCAUAUACAAAUAUAGUUACAAUUAUUGUAAGCAUUCUUCAAGGAUUGUAUAAGUUUUGCCAAAAAUAUAGUACAUGGUUGCU